AUGUGGCCUGGAAGGGUACGGAGUGGGCAGGGGGGAACAUGCAAGAGGUGUGGCAUGGCAUGGCUGUGCACCAUAAAUGGCUUUUUACCAUACCUGGCCUUUCACCAUACCUGGCAUUUCACCAUACCUGGCUUUUCACCAUACCUGGCUGUGCACCAUACCUGGCUGGGCACCAUACCUGGCUGUGCACCAUACCUGGCUGUGCACCAUACCUGGCUGGGCACCAUACCUGGCUGGGCACCAUACCUGGCUGGGCACCAUACCUGGCUGUGCACCAUACCUGGCUGUGCACAAUACCUGGCUGGGCACCAUACCUGGCUGGGCACCAUACCUGGCUGGGCACCAUACCUGGCUGCGCACCAUACCUGGCUGUGCACCAUACCUGGCUGUGCACCAUACCUGGCUGUGCACCAUACCUGGCUGGGCACCAUACCUGGCUGGGCACCAUACCUGGCUGUGCACCAUACCUGGCUGUGCACCAUACCUGGCUGUGCACCAUACCUGGCUGGGCACCAUACCUGGCUGGGCACCAUACCUGGCUGGGCACCAUACCUGGCUGCGCACCAUACCUGGCUGUGCACCAUACCUGGCUGUGCACCAUACCUGGCUGUGCACCAUACCUGGCUGGGCACCAUACCUGGCUGGGCACCAUACCUGGCUGGGCACCAUACCUGGCUGUGCACCAUACCUGGCUGGGCACCAUACCUGGCUGGGCACCAUACCUGGCUGGGCACCAUACCUGGCUGUGCGCCAUACCUGGCUGUGCGCCAUACCUGGCUGGGCGCCAUACCUGGCUGCGCGUUGACGCAGCACCAGAUGCCCACGUACUGCCGCACGCGCCAUCUGAACUUCCUCUCCAUCGCCUGCCCACCCAGCAACGCAUAG